GUGAAGACCCUUGGCUUAGCUUGCCGUAGGUCUGCGCUGUAGCUUGGUUUGCCUCUUUUAAGCCACAGAAAGCUCCUCGGUUAACGACUUCAAUAGGACGAGUCCACAUAUCAAUGAUACCACUCAUUACAGUGCGUUAAUAGUACGCACUUUGACUAAGUAUUCUCCACACUGAAGAGGUUAGAUGAUAUGUUUGUAGAACAAGGAAGAAUGGGUGAGCUAUAAGAGAGAGAGCUCGGCAAAUGUCAUUCUCUGUCUGUCAUUUUUUGUCAGAAUUGCAUGUUUUGUCUCUUCCUGUUCACAGCUUCGAACUUGAUACAGUGCACUGUAUAACUACUCCCAAGUCGCUCAUAGUACCUCUCCUCUUUCGAGCUUUCCUUUGUGUGCUUGACUUUUGUGCAGUUUCUUCUGUUUAUCCAUAUGGUUGGGUGCAACCAAUUAAUCAUCCCUUUUGGUCAAGAUCUCGAGGAGUAGAAUCAGAGACUCCUGCCUGUUCACUUGCAACCUCAUGAGCCCACGAGAAUAUUGUCCCAACAAAUGCCAAGCUUGGAGUGUAUGAGCUCUGAUGCCACAAACUGAUUCCGCCAUUCAGCCUGUGCGGGUGCGGUGAUGACGCAGGGACCAUCUCCGUGGUUCCGAAAGCGCCGUCAUCAGAGACAGUGGGUAGCCUAGGCCGCCGCCGCCCCAUCUUCAAAAUCCGUUGCAUACAGCAGAAAGUCAAGAAGUGUCUCGACUGAACUUGCUGCUACUCAAGGAGACAUCCUCAGAUACACUUGGAGUUCGGAUCACUCCUGCUCGUCGUCGGCCUCAAUCGAGGUUGCUCUGCUGUUUCCGACCUCGUCCUAUGACAAUGCUGGAGUGAAGAAGUUUGAUAUUGAAAACCUUUUCUGAUCGGUGCGCACAACGUCGAUCCACAGGGGAGGAACACUUUGAAUAUCAGUAUCUUGUUAUUCCAUCUCUGCUGCUGAUCCACACUCUCUUAAGAGUACCGCCGUUGCUAGGGCAUGAUAAUAUCCAUUACCUCUGCAAUCCCUACUCCCAAAAACGAAACUUCGAGAGCUUGACGCUGUAAACCAUACUGAUUCAAGUUAUUGGUACACACGGUUGCACCAUCAAGGAAUUCUGAGGUAUCUCCAAAGCGUCAACUUCGGUAUUGCAAAAGAAGAGUAUACGAAGGCUGCGAUGCCCUGCCGAUUACUUGCAAUUGUCAUAAGCAUUGACGCACGCCGGUCUCUCAUAAGCAAAUCAUCUUCUGAUACACAGAAGUGCUAAAUAACGUUUGCUUUUCUGAGAAUGGCAGAACGACCUGCACGUCUCUGGCCAUUAACGGACUUUCCGAUUUUCAUAAGCAAAGGGGAUAUAGUCUGCAAAGACUCAUGCAUUGGUCGUUUCCAGAAAUAUCAAAAUGUUGGAAGAGCUGUUGCAAAAAAAUUCCGAGAAUUUCUCAGCGCCUUGACAAAGUCAAAAGCGUGCAAACCUGUGAAUAGUGUGAUUAAAGCUCUUGCGGCCCCCUUGAUACUCAUCGCGAUUGCUCAGGAAUUCUCAAGGGAUGCAGUCAAACAGUUCUUGCUGGAUGGCUUUCUGACGCAACCGCUGAGGUGGCUAUUUCAGUACAUCUCACCAUUCAUUCAGCAGGUGGGGACCGUGGAUACCGCAACCUGGACUGAUGUUCAUGCAUCGAGCAUUCUAGUCUUUUUCAUAGCCGCUAUCAGUUUGAUCAUCUCGAUAGUUGGAUGGUGUGGCCCCGGUGGCCCUGCAUGGAGUUUUUCCCGAAUAUUCUCACCUUCGAACAAACUUCCAACGCCGAAUGGACCACGAGGAUGUCCGGUCAUUGGAAGCUGGACGCUAAUGCAGGGAAGCGAAAUGCACAGGGAGUUAGCAAGGCAAGCAUGGGCAGGAGGACCUUCCACUCGGAAUCUGAUGGCACUGAGCGUUGGAACUACCCUCAUUGUACUGACCUCCGAUGCAAAUGUGGCAAAGGAGAUCCUUCGUAGCGCUGUCUUCGGAGAGCGACCGCUGAAGCAAGCAGCUUUGGACUUGGGAUUUGAAAGGGCAAUUGGAUUUGCAUUGCAAGGACCUUACUGGCGCCACUUAAGAAAAGUCGCUGUUACCCAUAUGUUUUCCCAUAGGCAGAUCGUAACGCACUCGGAGUUGUUGCAGCGUGAAACGUUGCGCAUGAUCUCGGCCAUGGUUCAUUCAAUACGCACGGAUUGCGUGAAGGAUUAUCGAGUCGGGCUGUGUGCAAGACCUUUUUUGCAACGAGCAGCCGUCAACAACAUCAUGACCAUCGUCUUCGGGCGUCAUUUUGAUUUCGGCAAUUCCUGCGAUGAGGCAGAGGCACUUGAAGCCAUGAUAAGGGAAGGAUUCGAGCUUCUUGGUGGUUUCAACUGGGCUGACCACCUGCCUUUGGUCCGCCACAUUCCUUUCCUUUCCUUCUCCAGAAGAUGCAGGAACUUGACCAUGAAAGUGCGCGCUUUUGUGCAAUCAAUUCUGGAUGAACGCCGCCGCUGCCAUCACCAGAGCCAUUCCGCGACCUCCAGCGUUCUCAAUACUAGCUUUGUGGAUGCAUUGCUAUCUCUGGAAGGUGACCAAAAACUACAAGAUGAAGACAUCAUAUCGAUACUUUGGGAGAUGGUGUUCAGAGGCACAGAUACAAUUGCAGUCCUCACAGAAUGGGCCCUAGCAGAGGUGAUAUUGAAUCAAGGAAUUCAGGCACGAAUUCACGAGGAACUUGAUGCUGUGGUGGGAUCCAACCGGCUUGUGCAACAGAAGGAUAUUGAAAACUUGCCAUAUCUGCAAGCUGUUCUGAAGGAGACAUUGCGAUCGCAUCCACCGGGACCACUGCUGUCCUGGGCGCGCCUCGCAAAUGAGGAUACACAGAUCGCAGGCUGUCACAUACCUCGAGGAACCACUACCAUGGUUAACAUGUGGGCAAUCACGCACGAUUCCUCGGUGUGGCCAAACCCAGAAGUCUUUGAUCCUUCUCGAUUUCUGAAGAGUGAGGGUGGCUCUGACCUUGACGUACUGGGCACCGAUUUGCGACUCGCUCCGUUUGGGUCUGGACGGCGCGUUUGUCCCGGACGAGCCUUGGGGAUCGCAACCGCGCAGCUCUGGCUAGCCAGUUUGCUGCAUCACUUUUCAUGGUCUCAGGAUCUUUCUCAUCCCAUUGACUUGACAGACAACCUCACACUCUCGUGCGAAAUGGCAUCCCCUCUUCAUGGCUGCCCCACUGUACGCUUCCCCUUAUGACCCUCAAGUUCGAUCAGGAUACAUCUUGUAAAGCUAAUGGUUGUGCAAUCAGUUGUUGGUUACACUGAUAUUAAUCAUCAUCUGCCAAUCUUGAAGUGGAAAUGCGAAGCAAUUGCAAUGGUGGCCCCUGGGUAUGUUCAUAUCAUGUGAAAAGCUGGGUCGAGGUUUGUAUGAUACAUGAUGUCGAUAUCAUUCGGAGACAAAUGGUGUCCACAUUCAAUAUUUGGAUGCAGAUACCAAAACUCUGCAAUACAUAGGAAAAUUUAGCUCGGAAUCUCCCAAAGAAUGCAAUCAAACAGAAAGCCAUCCAGCAAGAAAUGUCUUAUAUUUGUCUUUUAUGUUUUUUUAGAGUUAAGUUUUAUGUAGUCUAAUUCAUAAUUGAAGUAUGUGCAUAACACUUUUUGACAUACAUUUCAUGUACAAUCCAUCAAUUUUGGCAUAAAAAAUUAUGUUGAGGUAUUGCAAAUC